AUGAAAGAUACUGACAUCAAGCGACUGUUGUACGCCCAUCUUUUGUGCAUAUUCUCCAUCAUCUUGAGCACCUUGGUUCCAGCCCUCUUUCUGGAGAACUUCUCAAUCUUGGAAACCCACUUGACAUGGCUGUGCAUCUGUUCUGGAUGUGUAACAGUUGUUAAUCUAGCAUUGUAUUUAGUGGCAAAACCAAAUACUCCCUCAAAAAGAAGUUCACUGUCGCACAGGGUAGCCAGAUUUUUGAAAUGCUGCAUCUACUUUCUCGUGUCUUGUUUCGGCUAUCAUGUCAUAUUUGUUCUGUAUGGAGCACCAUUAAUAGAGUUGGUGCUGGAGACAUUUUUAUUUGCGGUUAUUUUGUCCACGUUUACUACUGUGCCUUGUUUGUGUUUGUUAGGCCCAAAUAUCAGAGCCUGGCUAAGAGUUUUCAGCAGAAAUGGAGUCACGUCCAUUUGGGAGAAUAGUCUUCAGAUCACUACAAUCUCCAGUAUCCUGGGAUCAUGGCUGGGAGCAUUUCCGAUUCCACUGGAUUGGGACAGACCGUGGCAGGUGUGGCCCAUCUCUUGCACGCUUGGAGCGACCUUUGGCUACGUGGCCGGCCUUGCCAUUUCACCCCUCUGGAUAUACUGGAAUAGAAAGCAACUUACAUACAAGAAUAAUUAA